ACAUGGAAGGGCAGAUUCGUUCAAAUUUUGGAGCAGCCAAUUGCCUGUCAAUCCGAAAUUUCAAAUUGUGGCCAAAAAUUGUUUUUGGGUCUAAUGACUUAAGUGGUUUGUGUCGCCCUCUGACAUCAACGACAGGGACUAUAAAAGGCCUUGGAAAGUCGUUAAUAUUCGGCAGUUCAAGAUGUCAAAUUCGACUGUGUUUCGCCUAAUUUUGUUUAAUUUGUUGCAAUUCAAUGUGCAAAAUGUAAUUGUAUUUCAUUGUUGGCCAAAAGAAGCCUUAUAUUCACUAACUCAACUCAUGAAUGAAAACAAUAUAUUCUCGCAAUUUGUGGAUAUUGAAGAAUUGAAAUAUUUGGCUAAUAUACAUACAAAUUAUUUGGAUACUGAUUUGACAAAAUUAGGAAUUAUCUUGGACUUGAAUUGCUCACAAUCAGUCGCCGUAACUAAUCAGUCAAGUCGAGCUCGUCUUUAUAAUCACAAUUACCAUUGGAUACUCUACGAUCAAUUGGGUAAUACGGGCAAAUUGAUUGAGUAUUUCAAAGAUGCCAAUCUCAGCAUUAAUGCAGAUAUAACUUAUAUAAAGCCAUCAUGUGACGAGAAAAACAACUUUAUACUCUACGAUGUCUACAAUAAGGGCAGUUGGUUAGGUGGACGCUUGAAUAUAACUAUCGAUCAGAGUGUACAGUGUAAUCCAAGUCAGUGUAAGGUGCAAAAGUAUCUAAGUACUUUACAUGAACGGACUAGGAUGCAGCAGCGACAGGAUUUAACUGGCAUUACCUUUCGGUUUGCCACUUUGGUUUCAACAAUGCCAUUGAAUUCGAGUAUGGAGAAACUUUUGGCUUUUCUCAACAGUGAAGAAUCCAAGCAUUUGGAUGCCAUUUCUCGCAUGGGUUACCAAAUCACUUUGCUGAUGCAGCAAAUGCUGCACUUUGGCUUAAGCUACCAUUUGGUGGAAACAUGGAGCAUUAAAGACUAUAUUGGUGGAGCCAUGGGCCUGUUGGUCAAUGAGUCAGUGGAAAUUUCCAGUUCACCUUUUGUGCUUUCCUUGGAUCGUUUACGGUUUGUCCAUCCCAUGAUAUAUUUUAGUGAAUUUCGUGCCGUUUGCAUAUUCCGUACACCCCACAAUGCGGGUAUUAAGGCUGCCGUAUUCUUGGAACCCUUUCAGCCAAGUGUUUGGUUUGCCUUUGCCAUAUUGCUGGCAUUUGCCGGUGUUUUGCUGUGGCUAAUCUUCCACUUGGAGUAUCGUCUGAUGGAUCAAUAUUUGGAGUUUAUGCCAUCGCUAUUAACGGUUUGUCUAAUAAGUUUCGGUUCAGCUUGCAUACAGGCAUCGUAUUUGAUACCAAAAUCAACUGGCGGUCGAUUCGCCUUCAUAUCUGUAAUGCUGACUUCGUUUUUAAUGUACAACUAUUAUACAUCGAUUUUGGUAUCCACUCUGCUGGGAUCUCCGGUAAGUUCGAGUAUCAAGACCAUUCAACAAUUGGCUGACAGUUCGUUGGAUGUGGGAUUCGAUACGGUGCCCCAUACCAAGGCUUAUGUGACGUCGUCGCAACGUCCGGAUAUACGCAGCUUGUACAAGCAGAAAGUAGAAGGCAAGAGGGAUGCAUCAAAUAUCUGGUUAUCGCCGGAAAUCGGUGUGCUAAAGGUUCGCGAUCAACCUGGAUUUGUUUAUACAUCGGAGGCCUCUUUUAUGUAUCAUUUUGUGGAGAAAUAUUAUCGCCCACAUGAGAUUGCGGAUUUGAAUGAGAUAAAAUUUCGUCCCGAAUCAGCACUCUAUACAAUUAUUCAUAAGAAUUCCACGUACAAGGAACUAUUGAAACGAAUUCAAUCGCGAAUGCUGGAAAGCGGCAUAACAUCAAAGCUAAGUCGAGGCUAUAUCAAAACAAAAUUGCAUACAUUCUCAAAGAGUUAUGUGAUCAAUGUGGGCAUGGAAUAUGCAGCACCUUUAUUCAUUUCCUUGGCAGUCUCAUACAUAAUUGCUUUACUCAUCUUGCUAAUGGAAUUGGCAUGGCAGAAAUAUGGCAAAGAAAAACUUAAACGUUUAGCCAAUUCGGAGCAAUUGUAUGGACCACGCUUACACUGGCUUAUAUAUGAUAACGGUUUUAGUUUUCAACGCAUGAUCAAACUAUUUUCCCAGGCUCAAUUAUAUUUAAAUACGGAUCUUACCUAUGUGCUCAGGAAUCCAAUGAAUAAUCAUUUUAUACUCUAUGAUCUAUACAACAAGGGAAAGCAUAUAGGCGGACAAUUGAAUAUAACUAUUGAUCGGGAAAUUGCUUGUACAGAGAUUCAAUGUAAUUUGCAUCGUUAUCUGAGUAGUCUGUAUGAUCGAGAUCGUUUGCAACAUAGGAGAUUCCUAACCAAUUUGACCCUAAGAAUGACUGCAGUGGUAAAUACGAAGCCUUUGAAUACUUCUAUAGAGGAGCUUUUAGAAUUUCUUGAAAGUCAAAAUCAGAUAAAUAUUGAUACUUAUGCUAGAUUUUCCUUUCAAUCCCGAAAAAUACUAAUGGACAUUCUAGGUUGCAAUUUCACGUACAUUUUUCGAGAUCGCUGGACCAGUGAUGAUCUAAGUGGAGGUCUUAUAGGUGAUCUAUGGGACUCUAAAGCUGAUAUUGCCGCCGCUCCGUUUAUUUAUAGUCCAUCCCGUGCAAGAUAUUUCCAAGCUUUAACCCAAUUCUGUUCGUUUCGGGCCGUCUGCAUGUUUCGGAAUCCACAAUCGGCCACAGCUGGUUUUAAAUUUAGUGAAUUUCUCGAUCCAUUCUGUUGGAGUGUUUGGUUGGUCUUUGUCGGUGUUUUACUCCUGGCCGGAAUACUUUUAUGGCUAACCUUUCGCUUGGAACAACGCGAGUGGAAGCCAUCGCUACUAACCAGUUGUUUGCUCUCGCUUGGAGCUGCCUGCAUUCAGGGUGCUUGGCUCACACCCAACUCAACGGGUGGACGUAUGGCUUUCUAUGCCCUUAUGUUGACUUCAUUCCUCAUGUACAACUAUUAUACAUCGGUUGUGGUAUCCACUCUUUUGGGACAACCAGCCAAAUCGAAUAUCAAGAGCCUACAACAAUUGGCCGAUAGUAAUCUAGAUGUUGGUCUAGAGCCAGCUCCAUAUAUUAAAAUCUAUUUGGAAACAUCGGAUCAACCGGCUGUGCAUAGUUUAUAUCUAAAUAAGAUAAAGAAUAGCAAAAAAUCACAUGACCGCAUUUGGCUAACCGCUGAAGAAGGUGUUAAAUUGGUUCGAAAGAAUCCUGGUUAUGUGUUUAUAGCCGAAGCAGCCUUAUCCUAUGAAUUUAUACGCAAAUACUAUUUACCCCAUGAGAUAUGUGAGCUAAAUGAGAUACUGCUAAGGGAGGAGACGGUAACACAUACUUUGGUCCUCAAAUCAUCCCAGUAUGCCGAAUUGAUCAAGCUAAGUGAGCUGCGAAUGCUGGAAACUGGCAUCCAUUUCAAAAUCGAACGCUAUUGGGUACGCACCACACUGCAUUGCUAUCAGAAUAAUCUCACAGUGGUUGUGGGAUUGGCCAAUGCUGGACCCCUCUUCAUCAUGCUGUUUUGCUCUUACAAGCUUUACGAUGUCUACAAUAAUGGUCAACAUAUUGGUGGGAAACUGAAUAUGACUGCUGCCUAUCAAAUCGAUUGCAAUAGAAGAGUUUGCAAUGGCAAACAAUAUCUUAGCUCAUUGCAUUUGCGUACCAAGUAUGGGAAUCGUGAACAGCUUAACGAUGUGACUCUUCGAGUUUCGACUGUGGUCACUCAAAGGCCAACCAAUUGGCCAGCCGAAUGGUUGUUGCGUUUCCUAAGUCAAGAGAAUGAAACCCAUAUAGAUGGCAUAGCCAGAUUUGGAUUUCAAUUAUCUUUAAUUUUAAAGGAUUUACUAAAAUGCAACAUGGACUUUAAUUUCGUUGAUCGUUGGAGUAUUUCGGACACCAUAGGCGGAUCGGUGGGGGCUGUAGUCGAUAAGACAGCCGAUUUGGGCUCUGCUCCGUGCCUGGCCACCGAGGGAAGACUUCAAUAUCUAUCGGCCAUCAUUGAGACUGGUUACUUUCGUUCGGUUUGCAUGUUUCGUACACCGCACAAUGCGGGAAUACGCGGUGAUGUGUUCCUACAACCGUUCAGUCGUCUAGUUUGGUACAUUUUUGCCGCCAUUCUAUCGACGAUAGCUCUCCUCCUCUGGUUGAUAUUCUAUUUGGAAUGCAAGCGCAUGCCUCGCUUCUGGAACUUGGAGUAUGCACCCUCGUUGCUGAACACCUUCCUGGUCAGUUUUGGAGCAGCCUGCAUACAGAGCUCAGCGUUGAUACCACAGUCCACGGGUGGAAGAUUAGUGUAUUUAGUAUUAUUUUUAAUUAGCUUCAUUAUGUACAACUAUUAUACAUCUGUGGUGGUAUCCUCUCUUCUGAGUUCCCCCAUCAAAUCGAAAAUUAAGACUUUGGAGGAUUUGGCUGAGAGUUCUUUACAAGUAGGACUCGAGCCUCUAUCGUUUACCAAGAGCUAUUUGAAUUACUCCAAUCGCCCUGAGGUGCACACAUUCAAGAAACGUAAGAUCGAAUCGCAAUCGAAGAAUUCACAUCUCUGGCUUCCCGCCGAACAGGGAGUACUGAAAGUUCGCGAUAAUCCUGGAUAUGUUUAUGUUUUCGAAUCCUCGUCGGGCUAUGCGUAUGUUGAGAAGUAUUACACUGCCCAACAGAUUUGUGACUUGAACGAAGUGCUUUUUCGUCCCGAGCAAUUGCUAUAUACAUGCUUGCAUCGCAACUCCACAUAUAAAGAAUUAAUCAGAUUAAGAUUUCUUCGAAUAUUGGAAACCGGAAUCUAUCGCAAACAGCGCAAUUAUUGGGCUCAUAUGAAAUUGCAUUGCUUUGCCCAGAAUUUUGUCAUCAACGUGGGCAUGGAAUAUGUGGCACCAUUAUUUUUUAUGCUAUUAUGUGCCAUCUUGUUGGCCAUUGUAGUGCUACUGCUCGAGUUGGCCUGGCAGCAUUAUAGACACACAAAUGGGAAUAAAAAUAAUCCCCCUCCCCCCUGAAAAUAACAACUAAAUGCAAAAAACCCCUUUAAUAUAUAUCGUAAUAUCGCUUCACCCAUCGUCAACUUCUGCUGC